UGUGUGUAAAUGUGUGUGUAUGUGUGUGCAUGUGCGUGUGCGUGUGCGUGUGCGCGAGACGUUACGGCUGCUGUCGCAGUGUACGUUCUCAGGUCCCCACUCUGCCCUGCAGGUCUUGGCUUGGGUGGAGUCUUACCUUCUGUUUUGAGAAGAUACUUGCAUGGCUUGGCUGGUCCCGGAGCCCUGUGCCCCUGUGCCCCUGUGUCCCUGGCCCAGUGCAUUCGUCGGCUGCCUGUGUGUAGAUGCUGUGUUCCUUUUGUGCGUGUCACUGCGCGAACGGGCAGAACCGAGGCGCGUUGUCCGUCUCCUCCCGGUCCUGCCGACCACCAGCGAUGCUUUCGUGGCUACGGCCACAUGGAGCGAAAGUCGGUUUGCACGUUGCGCUACAGACCUUGAGACGCAAACUCGAGUAGAGCGACAAAAAGGCAGCCGUGAAAACGUGAGCGCGCCUGCAAACGCGCCGGGAAGUUCGAAGCACGCUGUGGCGCGGCAAAAUUCGGGGUCCUCGAGCAGUCAGAGUGCUGUGUGCGGGUAGAGUGUCCCGCUGUGGCCGAGUGCCGAGUGCCGAGUGCGGUUUGAGUUCAGAAUUCAUGAGAGUCUCCCCUUCAUCCACACUUGGCCAAAAGCUCUUGUCCCUCCUCGUCGGUGCUGGCAGAGCGGCGCAGGGCCACAUCCUGCUGAUGGACCAGGACACACAGUGGUUGUACCAGCUCCUGGUCGAGGUCCAGCUCGAGCGGUUCUACCUGCGGCUCCGCGACACGCUCAACGUCACCCGCAUCGAGCACUUUGCCUACGUGAAGGAUGCCGACCUGGAGCAGAUCGGCAUCGGCAGGCCAGGACAGAGGAGGUUAUGGGAUGCCGUGAAGCGCUACAAAACGGUCCUCCGACCGCGGUCAUGGAUGAACAAGGUCAUGCCUGGCCGUGGUCCAGACGGGGGUAACCAAUGGGCGGGGCCGGGAGCAGAGACUGGGCGGUCCCUCACCUGUCUGAUCCAGGACAGUGAGCUGAUGCUUGGGGAGAAGCUUGGCUCCGGGUCCUUUGGGGUGGUCAGGAAGGGCGAGUGGCAGAUGCCCGCAGGACGGCUGGUACCAGUGGCAGUAAAGUCCCUCAGGAGCAACCUGUCUCAGCAAACAGACAGCCUGACGGACUUCCUCCAGGAGGUGACCACCAUGCAGUCACUGGACCAUCCCAACAUCAUCCGCCUCUAUGGGGUUGUCCUCACUCACCCCCUCAAAAUGGUGACAGAGUUGGCGCCACUCGGUUCGCUUUAUGACACCCUGCGCUUGCGGCAGGGCGAGUACCCGCUGUCCCGCCUGUGGCUCUUCAGCACUCAGAUCGCCGCCGGCAUGGAGUACCUGGAGAGCCGACGGUUCGUCCACCGCGACCUCGCGGCACGCAACGUGCUACUGGCCUCCCGCGAGCUCGUCAAGAUUGGCGACUUUGGCCUGAUGCGCGGCUUGGGCCAGGACAAGGACCAUUAUGUCAUGACGGCCCAUCGUCGCAUCCCCUUCGCCUGGUGUGCACCAGAGAGUCUUCGCAAUGGUACCUUCUCUCACUCCUCAGAUGUGUGGAUGUUUGGGGUCACGCUGUGGGAGAUGUUCACCUACUGUCAGGAGCCCUGGCUGGGAAUGUCCGGCCGCCAGAUCCUGUGGCAUGUGGAGCGGGAGGGCGAGCGUCUCGAGAGACCCCACGACUGUCCACAAGAGUUGUAUGGCGUGAUGCGCAAGUGCUGGGCGCUUACCCCUUCUGAUCGGCCUUUCUUCUCCCAGCUCACCACUGUGGUGGCCGAGGCUCAGCCCAUGGAGGUUCGUGCCCUGAGGGACUUCAUGGAGCCUCGAAAGCUGACCUUGCAGACCAGUGACCUGGUGACGGUCAUAGACCACAAUCUGGAGCUGUCUGAGUGGAAAGGACAGAACCAGAGGACCCUGGCGGUGGGCUGGUUCCCCCCCAGCUUGGUCGCCCCGUGUGUCUCGAGUUCCUCCACCAACUUCAUCUCCGCCCCUCUCAAAGGCAGCCUGCAGCAUCGGGGACACGGGGACAUGGUUCCGGAGCGCAGCUGGGGGACGCCAGACCGCCUAGACGACUCCCAAAACUGGAGGAAUGUAGGGGUGUCCCGAGAGCAGGGCAGGGAGAAGGAGAGGUCUAAUUUGCAAAAGAUGGCAGGCUUGUCGCGAAGCUUGGAGUCCGUCCUUGGCUUCCAGGGGAAAGGUCAAGAUGGGGGGGACAGACCCGAGGCACGUCGCGUCGGCAUCAUCUCCAAUCCCCUGCUCCUGCCGUCCGAGGAUCACCGGCGGUUCAGCGAUGCCAACGUCACUCCACCCCCUCGCCCUCCUCCCCCCAACAUCAAGAGCCUGAAGCCCCUGGUGCUGCUCCGCGACCACAAAGCGGCUGUAAAUCAAGGGCCUGGCCUGUGGCUGGCGCAGCAACCACAGCAGCAACUGCCACAGACCACAGGGACCAGCAACUUGGCUAAGAUUAAUAAUUUAGCCCGAUCCACCCCCCAGCUGGACGAGUGCGGAGACAAGGAGAAGGAGAAGGAGAGGGAACGAGACAGAGCUCGGGACCGGGACAGAUACCAGGCUCAGGUGCAGCCCAGCAGGGUAGCCAUCGUGGCGCAGGUACAGGAGGCGGUGCACGGAGUGACCAGUGAGGAGGUGGUCAACGCCCUCAAACAGAAUGAUUGGAACCCGACGAAGGCGGAGCAGCAGCUCAAGGUGGAGCAGCUGUACUUCAUGAGCAUGUGCUCCCGGGACGACUGCCACCGCAUCCUCUCCCGCUACCGCUGGGACCUGCAGCUGGCCAGUCGCUACUUGCUGAGGAGGGCAGCAGGAGGGGCCGCGGACAGGGAAGGACCUCCCCCCCCCAGGUGGUGACCGAGCCGACCGGACUGCAGCCCGGCAAAGAGACGCUUGCUCUCGCUGUCGAUCUCACUCGUUGCUGGAACGCAGAGAAAACUGGAGAGCCGGUGGCCCCACAUUGGUCCCGCCCUCGGUGCCAUCGGUACUCGACCGCAGCAGGGCGGUCAGAGGUCAAAGGUCAGACCUAUUGCGCAGUGUGACACGAUUCUGCUGGACUCACCUUUGUAUAAUACCGUACAUCUACGUCCAGCGUGACCUACGACCUACGAGCUCAGGAAGCACAACGUUUACAACCACCUCUCCCUAAACUAUCUAUUGAGCUUCUUUUUUGUGUUUUUUUUUUUUUUUUUUUUUUUUACGAAUUUUACCCCUUUGUCGAGAUGUUUGCAGGUGGGAACAGAUUUAGGAAAGAAGGAGCGCAGCUGAGCUCCUCGUCCAGACAUGUCCCUUCCUGCCGCCUUCGGCUCCCGUCUGCUUUGGCCAGAGAGCUGAAGAAUGCCGUCGGCAUGUCAUGUGAUCUUGCGCCAAUAAAGGCCGACUUCUUGCGGAGGUGGAAAGUGCUGCUGCUGGAACAGAAAGACCCGCUGGUGAGGGGUUACACCCCAGCCGCUCCUUCGAGUGUAAUGCACCGCGGUACUGGCCACCCGCAGGACCCGUGCCAGGUGGCGAUAGCCUAGGGAGCACAGCUCCUGCCAGCCAUCAAGCCUGGCAUGGCAGUAGGAGCAGGAAGGAGCUGCGGUGCGUGGGGGCUGUGGGGCUCCGGGCCGCCCGCCGCAAAGGAUCUGCCUUAGCGCGGUACCCCAUCCCCCGUCCAUGUCUGUAUCUCCACAAUAAAUAAACAGCUUUUGAAUGGAGUUUGAAGCUCCGCCGAGUUGUGUAAUUAUGAGGAUAUGUGACGGGUGGAGCGGUGAAAGUGUCAGUCACGGUAGAUGCUGCCCUUGGACCCGGUUCAGAAGGAGGAGUGGGGCCCGGGUGGAAUCGCUUGCUAGCCGCCAUUCCACAUUCCACCAGAGGGGGCGCUGUCUGACUGACUGACUGACUGACUGACACACACACACACACACACACACACCAUCCCCAGCCCCUGCCUUUGUGUUGCAGAACUGGAAGGGAAACAAUCAGGUUUUCCUCAAGUAGAAACAGAUGUUUUUGGGUUUGUCAAAGCAGCACAGCAGGGUGUGCGUGUGUGUGUGUGCACGCGUGCCAGAGAGAAACCCUUGAGACUUACCGAAAACCAGCUUCAUUCAAGUUAUCGGUGCGAAUAAAGCAAGCAAGGAAAGUGUGCCUGAAAUGCAAGAGGCACUAGGCGGCAGAAUCAGCGGUUCGAGCCAUUAGGACUGAGUGCAUUAACUGAAACUACCUACGUUUACA